AUGUUUUCAGAAAUUUCAUUGCGUCCAAAUUCCGAUGAAUCAAGGCGAGCACUUUGGAGUUGGUUCACCACAGGAAUGAACACACACUAUCCAUUUCAAUCUUAUAGCCGCCAAUCAGCAUUAAAAUCUUGGGUCGAUAGUGGUAUACCAAUCUACCAACAAGGAGAGACAGAACAUUCAAGACAACUACUAUGGAAUUGGUUUAAUGGAGCGUUCUAUUUUGUGCAAAGUACAGCGUAA